UCCCUCUCUCACUCUCAUCUUAAUUUCUACGCUACAUGUUUAUUUUCCCUUGUGUAUCUCGAGAAUCCAUGAAAGUAUGUGAGAGAAAAGAUUAAUCCACAUGUUUUGUGCAAGUAUCAUGCUUUUCUUUUACUAAUACAUAUAUCUGAACUCUCUUCACUUAAAAAAGCCACUUUACUGUUAAAAAAAUAAAAGAGUGGGUUUUCUGAGCUUGGACUUGGACGAAUUGGUGGACGCAUUUGCUGUUCAUCUUCCGUGUUGUGCGGUCAGAGAAACCCAGAUCUUCACUUGCUUCUUAACUUGGUUUUAUGUGUGUUUGUUUAAGAGUAGAAAGUUACUGAUGAUGAGCUGGUUCUUGCCCCCGCUGCCCUUUCCCGGCGCCAUUAGAGGCACGGCAUCGUCUUGGUUUUGGUUAUCUGCGAUAACAGCUUCUAGCUUUUAUAGCAAAUGCAAGUACACCAUCUAUUAAAUACAGCUGUUCUGUCUUGCGUUUGUUUCUCCUUUUCAUGAAAGUGAGUGUUCGGAUUCUGUACCAAAGAGGAAAUUGAUUACUACUGGCCAAUGAUGGCCAUUCUAAAUCAGUUCUUCCCUUCUAGUGAUGAUGAGUAUCAACUGCUUUUCCCCUUCCAUCUUCCUUCUACUAGUUUCUAGCUCCAAGUUGUCCCGCAAACGGCAUUCUUGAGGAAAAACUCCCGAGAGAAACCUAUCUGGGUUUUUUUGGGAUAUCAAGAAUCAAGAAUUUGAGGUAAACACGUGCUUUUGUUUGUAUCUAUGGAAUAUUCCACACGAAAAGGAACUAGAUUUGGUUCUGGUGCUGGUAGAUGAAGAAUCCGGAACCCAUUUUCAUCUGAUCAGAUUGAGUAGUGCGGUGCUUUAAUUUUUAGCUUCAGAGUUAUAUGUUGGCUCCAAUGGAGGAGAGGGUGCCGAAAAACUUGACGAAACAACUUGCUCUUGCUGUGAGAAGCAUUCAGUGGAGCUACGCAAUCUUCUGGUCUCUUUCAGCUAGACAACCAGGGGUCUUGGAGUGGCGUGAUGGAUACUACAAUGGAGAUAUUAAGACAAGGAAAACAAUUCAAGCUAUAGAACUCAAUGCAGACCAACUAGGUUUGCAGAGGAGUGAACAAUUGAGAGAACUAUACGAGUCCCUCUCAGCUGGUGAGGCCAACCCCCAAUCUAGAAGGCCUUCUGUAGCAUUAUCCCCCGAGGAUCUCAGUGAUACGGAGUGGUAUUACUUAGUUUGCAUGUCAUUCGUGUUCAACAUUGGACAGGGGCUACCUGGAAGAACGUUUGCAAAUGACCAACCAAUCUGGAUGUGCAACGCCCACUUUGCAGAUAGUAAGGCUUUCAGUCGCUCCCUGCUGGCGAGGAGUGCAUCUAUUCAGACUCUGGUAUGCUUUCCGUUUCUUGGAGGUGUAAUCGAGCUAGGUGUGACUGAGCGGGUAUUAGAAGACCCUAGUCUCAUUCAGCACAUUAAAACUUCUUUCUUGGAGAUUCCAUAUACUGCAAUUAUUUCCAAGAAAUACACAGGAGCAGUACACACAAGAAAUGGCAAUAGUCCUGCUUGUGCUGUGUUUGAUCAGGAUAUCCCAGAAAACAAACUAAUUUCAUAUGUAGGAUGUGAAGAAUUCGGUAUUGUUUCUCCCAAUGACAGUUCAAAUGGAUUUGAGCCAAAUCAACCAGAAGAGGGUUCAUUUAUGGUUGAAGGGAUAAAUGGGGGAGCUUCUCAAGUACAAAGCUGGCAGUUCAUGGAUGAUGAGUUCAGUAAUUGUGUCCUCCAUUCCAUGAAUUCUAGUGAUUGUAUAUCUCAAACUUUUGUGGAACCUGAAAAGGCUGUCUUCACUCCUAAGGGUGAACUGGUGAAAGAAGAUUUUUUGCAAGAAUUUCAAGAAUACAAUCACACAAAAAUGAACUCAUUGGAUCUUCAAAGCGAUGAUCUGCACUAUCAGAGUGUUCUUUCAUCUCUUUUAGAGAGUUCUCACCGGAUGAUUUUGGGACCAAGUUUUCAAAAGUAUCAUCACGAGUCCAGUUUUGUCAGUUGGAAUAUAGGAGGUUUAGCAAAUUUCCAGAAUUCAGGAGGCCGAACCCCUCAAAAUCUUCUGAAGAAGGUUUUGUUGGCAGUUCCUCGUAUGCAUGUUGGUGGCUCACCCGAUUCUCCAGAAGAUAAUGGCAAUAAAGAUGGAGUUUGGAGACCAGGGGCUGAUGAUAUGGGUGUGAACCAUGCAGUAGCUGAGAGGAGAAGGGAAAAACUAAAUGAAAGAUUUUUUAUUCUAAGAUCGAUGGUUCCUUCGAUUAACAAGGAGGACAAAGUUUCUAUACUUGAUGAUGCCAUAGAAUAUCUGAAGGAGCUUGAGAGAAGGGUAGAAGAGUUGACAGAUGUGGAAGCAAGAACAAAGAGGAAAUACCAAGAUACUGUAGAGAGAACAUCUGAUAACUACGGCAACGACAUAAUUAAUAAUACCAAGAAGCCACUGAUAAACAAGAGGAAGGUUUGUGAUAUUGAUGAAACAGAGCCAGAGAUAAAUUAUAAUGUAUCAAAAGAAAGUUCAACUGAUAAUGUGACUGUCAGCAUGAUCAAUAAAGAGGUACUAAUAGAGAUGAGAUGUCCUUGGAAGGAAGGGGUGCUGCUAGAGAUCAUGGAUGUAUUAAGCAAUCUCCAAUUAGAUUGUCACUCGGUUCAAUCAUCUACCAUUGAAGGGAUUCUUUCACUCUCAUUUAAAUCAAAGUUCAAGGGAUCGGUUGUUGCAUCAGCAGGUAUCAUCAAACAAGCACUUGAGAGAUUCACUAGGAAGUUUUGAAGCUUGUUGUCUCCCUAGAACUUGCGGCUGUUUUAGAAUCCCCUGUUCAGUUGUCGAAUGAUAUGUAGUGUGGAAAGGUUCUGUUACAAACACAAUUUCUAGGGAUAUUCCUGCAGGUAGAGAAUAAAGAUUUAGUUCUGAUAUAUAGUUUCUUCACUACCGGUUGUAUUAUACCUUAAAAAAUUAUGGAAGAGUAACAUAUUCCCAAACAAGUAUGUUUUUCUGAAAAGUGAAAUUUACUGAAAUAAAAGCUGAAGGGAAAUAGA